GAGAGGUGGGGAGCGCUGGGGAGGAGCCUUCCGAUCAGUGAUUGGCCCAGGCCUUUCCCAGCCCCCACGCGCGUCCCCUCCCCCGCUCGCCACUUCGGACUCCAGCGCCAGGCGCGCUAAGGCGGCCACCGAGCGAGCGCGCUUGCAGCCGCCGGCGCCCCGAGCACCCGCAGCUCCCGCGCCGCGGCGAGACCGUGAGACAGAGCGAUCGAGCGACCAUCUCAGCAGCAACACGGAGGAGUGGGAACAUGCUUGCCAAUUCAGCCAGCGUGCGUGUUCUCAUCAAGGGAGGCAAGGUGGUGAAUGAUGACUGCACCCACGAGGCCGAUGUCUACAUUGAGAAUGGCAUCAUCCAGCAGGUGGGCCGAGAGCUCAUGAUCCCUGGAGGGGCCAAGGUGAUUGACGCCACCGGGAAACUGGUGAUCCCUGGAGGCAUCGACACUAGCACCCACUUCCACCAGACCUUCAUGAAUGCCACCUGCGUGGAUGACUUCUACCACGGGACCAAGGCAGCGCUUGUUGGAGGCACCACCAUGAUCAUCGGCCACGUCCUGCCUGACAAGGAGACCUCCCUCGUGGAUGCGUAUGAGAAGUGCCGGGGUCUGGCUGACCCCAAGGUCUGCUGUGACUAUGCCCUCCAUGUGGGGAUCACCUGGUGGGCACCCAAGGUAAAAGCAGAAAUGGAAACCCUGGUGAGGGAGAAGGGCGUCAACUCGUUCCAGAUGUUCAUGACCUACAAGGACUUGUACAUGCUUCGGGAUAAUGAGCUAUAUCAAGUGUUACAUGCUUGCAAGGAUAUCGGGGCGAUCCCCCGAGUCCACGCUGAAAACGGGGAGCUUGUGGCCGAGGGUGCUAAGGAAGCACUAGAUUUGGGUAUCACAGGCCCAGAAGGAAUUGAGAUCAGCCGUCCAGAGGAGCUAGAAGCUGAAGCAACUCACCGGGUCAUCACCAUUGCAAACAGGACUCACUGUCCCAUCUACCUGGUCAAUGUGUCCAGUAUCUCUGCUGGUGACGUUAUUGCGGCUGCUAAGAUGCAAGGGAAGGUGGUGCUGGCCGAGACCACCACCGCACAUGCCACACUGACAGGCUUGCACUACUACCACCAGGACUGGUCCCACGCGGCCGCCUAUGUCACCGUGCCUCCUUUGAGACUGGACACCAACACUUCCACCUACCUCAUGAGUCUGCUGGCCAAUGACACUCUGAACAUUGUGGCAUCAGAUCACCGUCCAUUCACCACGAAGCAGAAAGCUAUGGGCAAGGAGGACUUUACCAAGAUCCCCCAUGGAGUGAGCGGUGUGCAGGACCGCAUGAGUGUCAUCUGGGAGAGAGGAGUGGUUGGAGGAAAGAUGGACGAGAACCGUUUUGUAGCCGUUACCAGUUCCAAUGCGGCAAAGAUUCUCAACCUGUAUCCCCGCAAGGGCCGCAUCAUCCCCGGAGCUGAUGCCGACGUGGUGGUGUGGGACCCAGAAGCCACGAAGACCAUCUCCGCCAGCACCCAGGUACAAGGAGGGGACUUCAACCUGUAUGAGAACAUGCGCUGCCAUGGCGUGCCGCUGGUCACCAUCAGCCGGGGCCGUGUUGUGUACGAGAACGGCGUCUUCAUGUGUGCCGAGGGCACCGGCAAGUUCUGUCCCCUGCGGUCCUUCCCAGACACUGUCUACAAGAAAUUGGUCCAGAGAGAGAAGACCUUAAAGGUGAGGGGAGUGGACCGCACUCCCUACCUGGGGGACGUCGCUGUCGUCGUGCAUCCUGGGAAGAAAGAGAUGGGCACACCACUGGCGGACACGCCCACGCGGCCAGUCACCCGGCACGGGGGCAUGCGGGACCUUCACGAAUCCAGCUUCAGCCUCUCUGGUUCUCAGAUUGAUGACCACGUUCCAAAGCGAGCCUCGGCUCGGAUCCUCGCACCCCCUGGAGGCAGGUCGAGCGGCAUUUGGUAAAGACGCUGACCAGCCCCCCAAGUGAGGAGCACCACUGCCACCCACCCGCACGCUGUCCGGCCACGCUGCAGGGGGCGGGAGAGGCUGGGCUGGCAGCACCACCUGCGGGGGCCCCAGAGCCGGGAGCCUCCCCACGGCUGGGAUUCGCUGGGCUGCGAGCCACCCUAACAGGCACUUUGAGCUGUUCCUCCUGCUGUGCUCCCUUCCUGCGGCAGCGGGCUUCUCUGGGCCCCGGAAGCCCACACUAUGCACGGAGGGAGCAAUGCAUAGCCCUGGCCCAGCCCCUCCUCCCACCACUGCCGCCUCUGCUGGCUCUGUGAAGGCCCAGACUUUAGUGCCCUGCCCCUGGUCACCCCACCAGUGUCCAGAGCACUUUAGCCAAUGUGUUUUAUAAGUAAAGGCCUCCCUCCCCCACACCCCCCUAGGCCCCUUGGUGACAUUUCCCAAGUCAGACAGGUGUCAGCUUCCCAGCCAUGCCUAGGACAUCCUAUCUCUCCUAGCGCACCUCUGGUCCUGUGUGGGUGCAGUCAGGACACCGGGUGUGGGUGUGGUUGGGACACCCUGUGCCCUUUGCCAGCCUCUUUCAGCUCCACAUCCAUACCCUCUAUGAGUCCCAGGCCCCAAAUGGUUGCUGGGCCGGGUGUGAGGCUGGUACCAGGCGCGUGUAAAUGGUUUUGUUUUGCACGUUUGGUUUGCGCAGUGGUUUGGUUUGACUUGUUUGUGCAUCCUGUGGAAAAUAACGGUGCUUCGUGUCACUAGCAUAGCAUAGAAACAGGAAUAGAUGUGGUCCUUAGGAGACGCUGCACUCGCCACCAACCAGACAGCACAGGGCAGAGCUGGUGGGGCCAGGCUUCCUGGGCCAGGACCCCCUCCCCUCCUUCAUCUGGAUUUUCUUCAUUCUGAGAGGAGACCUGGCUGCUGGCCCUGGAUACCUUCAGCCAGCAGGUCAGCCCCUCCCAUCUCUGGCCCUGGUCAGUCACUCCCUGCACUAAACGCGCCCACGCACGCGCGCACACACACACACACACACACACACACACACACACACACAGCUCCCUAUAACUUCCUCUUGCUGGACAGAGGGCCUGCCACUCCUCCUGUGUGAUUGGCAAGAGGCCUCAUGCCUGCUGAGAGAGGGGGAGUAGGAGAGGGACCAGCCAAAUGCCCAGGGCAGCCAGGGAGGGAAACUCCAGCCACAGGGACAAUGAUGUACCCACAUCACUGCACAGGUGCUGUGGAAUCCUGUGGUCAGCACCACCCCUUAACUGACUGGUGGCCUCAUCUCCUCCCUCCCUUCAGUUGGGCCCUCCCUGCCCCUACAGAGGUUCCGGGGGGAGCCUGGGAGGCAGGCGAUAUCCAUCCCUUCCUAGUGAUAUGAGAAGUGGCCCAGCCACCUGCCCUUCAUAAGCCUUGUUUCCCCCUCGGGGAAGUGAUUUCAUGUCGCACCUUUGGUUUGAUCCCCCCAAGCUUUCAGGAGGCACCUGGACUCUUGGUUAAUGGUCAUACCCUGCGCAUUUCUAGAGUGCUUCUGUGUAUCAAAGCACUCCCACGUGCAAGUUCUCACUUGCUCCUCAUGACAAUAGAACACACCUAUUAUUCCUCCCACUUUACAGAUGAAGGAACUGAGACCCAGAAAGUUUAGACCAUCUGCUUCCAGAAGUGCCCAUGAUUGCCCUUAUGACCGUAGCUAUCUAGCCUAGCUAUGGAGAGGAGGUGCGGGUAAGGUCUGCAGUCCAUCCCACCAAGAACUAACUAGAAGACUUACUCCCCAGUAGGCAUUCUGCUUUGUUUUGCACAAGUAAAUAGAUUUUUCUCAUCUUUGUUGUAAACAAAUUAAUGCAUAUUCUUGGUUUGAGUCAGGACUGGCCAGAUGUUGAGGACCUCCUAUGUCAUUUGAGCUGCAUCUACUUCCUCCCUUCACUCCCCUUGUUCUCACUUAGGGGCUGAAAGAGUAGAUGGUGACCCAGGGAACAGAGGCAGCUAUGGGGACAGCAGGUAGGGAGCCAGGCCUGGGAAAGCUACGAUGGACAAGGGAUACCAUGACAUGGACCCCUGGAACAAUGCACCCCAUCUUUACCCCUUUCGGCCCGAGCCGGGUCAUGGGCCUUGGGCAGAUGCCAAAGAGCCAAGUGGUGGUGAGGCCAGCUGGGCAGAGCACCCUGCUUGGGCUAGCAAAGCUUUACCUUCUCUGAGUGCCUCCGCCCAAGAGAUGCAUGACCCAGGGUGCUGGGAGACCACAUCUUGGAGGGGCCUGCUGUAGGCCUCCCACUUCAUCCACUCCCACCCUGACAUAGACCCAACCCCUGCCCAGGAGCUUCUAGAUGGAAAUCAGAAGGAGGUUCAAGGAGCCAAACGAAUGGUCAUCCCCACCAUCCACCCCCUGCCCACGUGCAGACUCCAGCCAACUCCAUCACCAGCCCCCACGGCUCCUGGCUGGGAUGGAAAGGGUUUCUGGUUGCACCGACUGCAGCUCUCAAACUGGUCUUGUACUUACUGAAUAAAUACUGUUGUUCUUGCCUUAGCUGCUCUCUAGGUUUGUGGGGUUAAGUUACCAGAAAAUUGUGCUACUGUGUGUGUGUGUGUGUGCGUGUGUGUAGUGCUAGGAGUGCACAGUAGGUCUCUGUCAAGCCAAUGCCAUGAUGAGGGCAUUUCCCUUACUGACCCAGAAACCACAGAACCACACGAAACCCACACCCCUUCCAGCUGCCGAGGUGGUGGGCACACCCUGGGGUCGGGAUGGAGCCUCCAGCACCCAAGUGACUUCCUCACUCCUCUGUAAAUGUCAUGGUGCUAAGACAGUGUCAACCCCAAGAUGACACACAGUCCUGUGCUUUGGCCACCGUUUGAGGCAAAAACAAAACAGCCCGACACAUUGUGUUCUGGUGCAGGUUUGUAUUAAACUGUAGCU